GCGUUCACGUGAAAGGGGGUCUCCGAUGGCAUCCCGAGUGGGGAGAGGUAGCCCAAAAGUUAAAGGGAGCCGCGCAGCGGCUGGGAACCCGAGUCCAGGGUGAAGGGCCGCAGGUAGGAGGCGGGCGCGCUGUUUUCGCACAAGGACGGAUGCGGCUGCCCGCGGAGGGCGCCAACCUGAGCCCUGGCCCCCGCUCCUGCCGUCGCCGCCGCUGCCCCUGCCACCCCAGGGCGGAUGCUGCCGCGGGCUGGCGCCUCCGCACCUCGGGGCUUAUGAGCUGUACCAGGUACGUCCUCCCUAGGCCCGCGAGGCCGGCUGUCCGGCCUCAGAAACGGCAGCGAAGGGCGCGCAGCAGGGACCCCUCUGGUUCCUGCCACCUACACUUUCUCUGUUCAACUUGCAAUUACACUUAGGGGCUGGGACACUCUAGACAGGCUCGAGGAAGUUGUUGCUUCUACGUGAAGAGUGCAAUCCAGGGACAGAGGUGGGAUGGAGCCUGGCCGGACCCACGUGUUGCAUCGAGGUGAGGUCCCGGCCGCGACAUAUGGGGCUGGGACUCCAGAUACCCUUACCGCUUAUUUUGCCGAGUUCGAACCUGACACAAGGCUUUUCCAGCCUAGGACCCGACACUUCUGGAGGGUGUCUCCAGAGUUGGGCAAUAGGGUCCGCAGCACAAGUGAAAGUUGCUUCAUAUCUCUCCGGACGUCGUUUUCCCGGUAAAACGGAGGGAAACACACUUGGUGAUCUCUCAGGCCACCAAGGGAGAUGGGAGACGGAGCGCUGCGGCGGUCGGGGCCUUCUGGAGCUGAGCAAUCUCCGGCUCCCGGUCUGCAGACCGGCUGGCUGUCCCAGGCCGGCGUGGACGAGGUGGCCGCGCGGGGACGCUCUCGCGACGCAGCUCCGCCCGGCGUGGCCCUGCCGCCCCGCCCUUGGUGUGAUAACUCGGGCUCCUCCUCCUUCUCGUCUUCCUCCCCCUGCCGGUCACAACUCCGGGAACCCAGCCCAAGCCCUGCCUCCCGGACACAACACACCGAGGCUCACGUAGUCCGGUGGCGGCAGCCUCCCCUGACACCUCCCUCCGAGCUUUCUGAUGCAGCAAGCCAGCUGGAGAGGGGGCUUCCCCGCGGCCCAAAAGGCAAUUUGGGAUCUCCUGGCUCCAGCGCAGACAUGGCCAAGUCGAAGAACCACACCACACACACCCAGUUCCGAAAAUGGCACAGAAACGGCAUCAAAAAACCCCCAUCACAACAAUACGAAUCUCUUAAGGGGGUGGACCCCAAGUUCCUGAGGAACAUGCUCUUUGCCAAGAAGCACAAGAAGGGCCUGAAGAAGAUGCAGGCCAACAACACCAAGGCCACAAGUGCAAGUGCUGAGGCGAUUAAGGCUCUCGUAAAGCCCAAGGAGGUCAAGCCCAAGAUCCCAAAGGGCAACAGCCACAGGCUCAGUCGACUUGCCUACAUUGCUCACCCCAAGCUCAGGAAAUGUGCUCAUGCCCACAUCGCCAAGGAUCUCAGGCUCUGUCAGCCAAAGGCCAAGGAUAAGGCUCAGACCAAGGCCGCAGCUUCAGCUGCAGCUGCAGCUGCAGCUCAGGCUCAGGCUCCCAAAGGCACCCAGGCCCCGACAAAGGCUCCAGAGUAGAGGCUUUCAUCUUCUGAUGUAAGGAUAGAAGGACUAGUGUGACCCCUGGGCUACUGUCUGCAUGGGGCUCGUGUCUACCUGUGCUGUUUGUACAAAUAAACCUGAGGCAGGAUCUGUCAGUCAAAAAUAAUAACUAACAAACAAACAAACAAACAAAUAAAUAAAAGACAUUUAUAUACUUGUGCAAA